AAGAGCUGAUGACCUUGUACGCUGUAUCUGUGUCAGUCAACUUCCUUGUCUCACUUUCUCUUCUUCUUGGAGUUAAACUGGAGAAAAAGCUGCUUCUGGUCCCCUGGGUGGUUUGGACAGCUUUAAACCUUGUAAUAUCUCAAGCAGUAGUUCUCUACGCUCCUGAUAGAACAACUUCGACGAUCCCAGACAUCUUCUCUACGGCCAUCAUGGUGUACUGCAUGCUUUGCGUGAUCUCUUACUACCAAGUUCUAUCCGACCCUCCACCCCAUCCUGCCACCCUACUCCUAGAUGAGACGGAGAACACCUAUCCAACCAGCUUCUCCGCUGACAGGGACUGUGGUAGUUUCCCUAGCUGUCAAUCCAUUCAUCCGCCUCGCAGUCCUCCGCUCAGGGUUGCGCUGCCACCCACUCCGCCGCCAGCCUACUCCUCUGACAACCCUCCAAUUUAUGAUCCGCCUCCGCCAUAUCCUGGUUCACCAGAGGAGAAAACUAUUAUGGACGGGUUUGAAGCUGAUGAAAUCCUUGAAGUGAACACUGAAGCUGAUCCAGAGCUAGGAUCUACUCAGCUUAACCCCGACCCUGAGCAGGGUCUGAUCAGGAUAACGGAGCAGGAAACUGAAACUAGGGCUCCCCUCAACCAGGUCCCGGAGAAAAACUGAAUCACUUUUAGGGUCGUAUUGUAGAUAAUUCAGUAAACACGAAAACAGAGAUACGAGGAUGUAGGAAAUAAAAAUAAAGAAGUAUGAAUAGAGGAUACAAGGACAUGGAUACAAGGAUACAAGAUUACAAGAAUACAAGGAUACAAGGAUGCAAGGAUACAAAAUUACAAAGAUAAAAGGAUAUACAAGGAUAAAGGAUACAAGGAUUAAAAACGAAAUCUAAUAAUGGUUCAAAAAUAGACACAAAAAAAUGAAGCAAAUGUACAUUUAAUAUAAUUACUUAAGGGUGUUAAGGGAUGUAGUUAUAACAAAACUAGAAAAAGGGGACAUGAGGAAUUUCGAAUGAAGUGAUUCAAAGAUACAAAAGGAUCUACUGAUUAUAAAGAAUCCAUUAGUUCAAGGAUACAAGGAUGUAAUCAUUCAAGAUACAAGGGUUUCAAGUAAUUACAAGAACGAGUCUUAUCUUUAAGAUUGAAACUAUAUUCUAUAUUCAUAUGUAGGUAUAGCGCACUCAAUUUAAUGGAUUUCUCCUUAUGAUCCACAAUUUAAGGAAUUUCUCCUUUUGCCCCAAAAUUUAAUGGUUUUCUCCUUAUGCUCCACAAUUUAAUGGUUUUCUCCUUAUGCUCCACAAUUUAAUGGUUUUCUCCUCAUGCUUCACAAUUUAAUGGUUUUCUCCUUAUGCUCCACAAUUUAAUGGUUUUCUCCUUAUGCUCUACAAUUUAAUGGUUUUCUCCUUAUGCUUCACAAUUUUAUGGUUUUCUCCUUAUGCUCCAUAAUUUACUGGUUUUCUCCUUAUUAUCCACAAUUAAAUGGUUUUCUCCUUAUGCUCCACAAUUUAAUGGUUUUCUCCUUAUGCUCCACAAUUUUAUGGUUUUCUCGAUCCUUUUGCAACACAACUUAAUGGUAAUCUCCCUAUGCUCCAUAAUUUACUGGUUUUCUCCUUAUUAUCCACAAUUAAAUGGUUUUCUCCUUAUGCUCCUCAAUAUGAUGGUUUUCUCCUCAAACUCCAACCUUUAUGGUUCAUAUCUUACGCUCCCCAAUUUUAUUGCUUUCUCCUCCUGCUCCAUCCACAAUUUAAUGGUUUUCUCCUUAUGCUCAACAAUUUAACGAUUUUCUCUUUACGCUCCACAAUGUUAUUGCUUUCUCCUCAAGCUCCACAGUUUAAUGGUUUUCUCCUUACGCUUUACAAUUUAAUAUGUUUCUCCUUAUGCUCCACAAUAAAAAUGUUUUCUGGUUUUCUUCUUAUGCUCCAAAUUUUAAUGGUUUUCUCCUUAUGCUCCACA